AUGAGAUGGAAAGACAAAGGAAUAAUUAAUAAAACAAAAUUUUCAAUGUACUACAGUGGUAGCAGCAAUAGGUCUGGCUUAUAUGGUACUGGGUUCAUUAUCUCCAAGAACCUGAAAAAUUUCGUAAUUGGUUUUAAGCCUGUAAGUGAUAGAAUUUGUUGUAUAAGAUUGAGGGGUAAAUUCUGUUUAUUUAAUAAUUUGACCUUUAUAUCGGCGUAUGCCCCAACUGAAGAUGCGGAUGAUGAUGUGAAAGAUGAUUUCUAUGACUCUCUCGGUAAAACACUUAACGAAGUUUCUAGCCAUGAUUCUGUAAUAGUACUAGGUGAUUUUAACGCAAAGAUCGGUAAAGAAGAAUAUGUACGGAAUAUUGCUGGUAAAUUUUCAUUACAUGAAACAACAAGCCCCAACGGACACAGAUUGUGCCAGUUUGCUGAGGAAACAUGUCUCAAGAUAAAAAGCACCUCUUUUGAGCGGAAAAACAUACACAAGGGGACAUGGAAAAUCCCGGGAAGCAGUGUCUCUAACCAAAUCGAUCAUGUACUCAUUUCGGCUAGAUGGGCCUCUUCGGUAAUGAGUGUACGAAGUUGCAGAGGUGAAAGAAUGAAAAUGAUACAAAGAAAUACGAGAUCAAGUCAGGAAUCAUACAAAUCUAAAAGAAUAGCUGCCACGAAACUUUGUCGAAAGAAGAAGAAGAAAAUAAUAGUGCUUUCCAACCAAGAUUGA